AGAGUACAAGAACAGUUCAAAUGAAGUUCAUGAGAAAACUGUAGUUGCUUGUUUUUAGACUUUUACACUGGCAUUAGCACAAUUGCGAAACUCUACAGUGAACAUGGCACGCCUUCCGUACCCCGAUGUCAAGGGAGCUCCCCUCAACAUCUCGAAGCUUCUCGCACAUAGCCCAGCCACCGUCAACCACUGGUCGAAAAUCGCAGGUGCUCACUUCAAAGACCUCGAGUUAUCCUCCAAGAACCGAGAGUUGGUGAUUCUUCUCAGCACAGCCAAAUUCCGGUCCACUUACGAGUGGACGCAUCACAGCAUGGUCUCCGCCAAAGAGGGUGUCACUGACGCCCAGCGAGAUGUGAUUGCCCAGGCUGGGAGGCAGAAGGGAUAUUUCUCUGCUCAAGGGAAACUGGAAUCUCUCGCAGAACUAUUCACACUGCGGGAGAAGACCCUCCUGCUGUUUAUCGAGGCUGUCAUUGACGGGCCAGAGGUGGCGGAUGAGCUAUGGGCGAAAGCGAAGACUGAGUUUUCUGACCGAGAAGUCGUGGAGACGAUCACGCUGCAGGGUUUCUACUACACCUUUUCACGCCUCACAACUGUCUUGAAUGUAGAAUUGGAGGCCUUCGCCAAGCCAUCUAAGCUUUGAGAGGCGUCACAAGAAUCCCGUUCUGGGUAUGUGGUGAUUCGAUAACUCUGGGGUCGCACCGCGGAAAGACAAGUACCCGUGCAACAUCCGUCACAGAAUGCUGAUCGUCUCUUGGCAGUCUGUAAGACCCCGAGAAGUUACUUGCUCUUUCUCAGUUAUAAUCUGUAGUCAGUAGGCUGUAGUCUGUAGCAAAGCAGCUGUCUAUGGCUAAACGUCAAGACCGAGGUCACAGUGGAUGGGAGGUAU